GUCCACCAGGGCGCGCCACAUCCUCACCUCCGGCUGUCAGCGCGUGAGCAGCAGCAGCGUUGUCCAUUCGUAACGUGCGUAACAGGCAAAAUCGAAACUCAUGAGUUCACCUUCAGAUAAAUAGUUUGUGCCCCACUUUUAAACCUUAGAUUAUUGAUUUAUUCCACUUGGACAAAAUGAACGGGUCUUUGCACUCUUCUUCUAAAGUUCUGGAUAUUAAACUAAAAAGAGGACCGUCAGGUUUGGGCUUCAAUAUCGUCGGGGGCGUGGACCAGCAGUACGUGGUGAACGACACUGGUAUUUAUGUGUCUAAAAUAAAGGAAGAUGGAUCCGCAGCUGAGGACGGGAGGCUUCAGGAAGGAGAUAAAAUCCUGGCGAUAAACGGAGUAAACCUUGAAAAUCAAACACACAGAGAAGUUGUGGAUCUGUUUAGAACGGCAGGAAAUGACGUACACCUGAAAGUGCUCAAAAGGUCUUCUCGUCACAUGAAUGGACCUUUUGGCUCACAGCCGGAUCACGACUCCUCUCUGUCGGCCUGGGGACUAAUAGCUCUGUUCACGGCGGGUGUUGCUGUUGCUGCUAUUAUUUACUUUCGAGGCAGAGGUUACUUAACUGAUGGGAAGUGGAAAAAACGAUGACAUUCCUGCUGCAGAGCUGAGCCGGGCUAAGUUAUUCUGGCAGCAGUUUAUAUUUAUAUUUAAAAAAAAUCAACUAUUGUUUUAUAAUAGACAAGCUAAGCUAAAGCCGUACUUAUUUUGAAUAUUCAGAGAAACGGUUGCUGCAUGUCCUGCUUCUUUGACUAACAAAAAUCAACUCCGUCACUGGGGAUUCUUGAUUAAGAUCUAAACCAAUGGGCACAAACUAUUUUUUUGUCUGCAAGCAUAUUUAUGACAACAUUAUCUUAAACUGUUGUGCUUUUUAGGGAAAUAGACUAUUGUGGGCUCCCUUUUCAGUGCAAAAUUGAAUUCAGGUUUGAUACUUGAUACAAACCUCAGCAUACCGUCACUGGCCAAAUUGGUCUCACUGGAGGACAGAGUUUAGCCCUUGGGCCCCAUUUUGGACACCCCUGAUGGUUAGAAUAAAAUGAGGAGCAACAUCAAAAUGCAUGACAAUUGAAUAUUCAUCGGCAAAGCUAUUAUAGACCGGUACUCAAAUGAUUAAAGAAAUAGUGUUAAUAUUUCCUCCUGAGUGAGAAGAAGCCAUUGCACUUUUAAUACAUAACUGGGAAUGGCAAAAGAAAAAUUCAGUACUGUCAAAAACUGGGCAAAAACUUUUUUUUUUUUCCCAGUUGACAGAAUUGCAUUUUUCUUUUACAAUGCAUCAUUCUCGGAUGACUGAGGGAUUACACAGACAUCACUGAAAAUUAUUUCAUUUUGCACUGUGGAAAAACAGCAAGGCCGAUCUGCCAGUAACAGGAACUUAGAAUUUGUAGUGCCUUUUAUGUCUCUUGGCAAAGUAGCAAAUGACAUAGGUUAACUUCUUGCUGCUCCAGAAAUGAAAACCAAAUAUUGUCAUAAACACUAAAAGCUUGCGUUGGAUUCCAGUUAAAGUAAUUUUCUGGGGUAUAAACUGGUCUUCCAUGCUAAAUCCCAAGUGCAUAGUGUAACUGACUUCUCUUUUAACAUCUAAAUGUGUGUCAGAAAUGUCAAUCAGGGCUAAUCUUAAACAGAAAUUGUGUAUAUUUAUAAAGGGAACCGCACAAGUAUUGUUUGCUAUAAUAGUCAUUGUAGCAUAGCUCAGAUCUCGAUUGUGUGUUUUUGUAAGCAGCUGCCCACGUUUGUGAAGGACUUUUUUGCACUAGCUACAAUCACAAUACAAUCACCACAACAGAUGAGGAUGUGCUUGUCCAUGUAGUCUCACUGCAGCCUGUAUUUUACUAAAAUGUCAAGUCUGUAAAUACAUUUCCAUUUGCUCGCCUCAAA